UGCGCUGGUUGGUGGAUGUGUUUGUGUCCAAGCAUACGAAGUGACAAAUCACCAAUAUCGGUAGUUACAAUGUACGGAGCGUCUUCACAGCAGUGCUUUCUUCAAAAAAGUUAGGAUCCACCAUGACACAUACUCAGCAGCCCAACAGCUCCAACAGCUCAGAGGUCUGGAACACCACUUUCUCCGACUCCUCCAGGGACACCCAGGACCCCCUCCACCCGCCCAAUCCCAGACAGAACAUCACCUAUGUGGAUUUCUACCUCCACGAACCCUCUGUGGCGGCCAUCUUCAUCGUGUCCUACCUGCUCAUAUUCCUUGUGUGUAUGGUGGGAAAUGGCGUGGUGUGUUUCAUCGUGCUACGGAGCAAGAACAUGAAGACGGUCACCAACCUCUUCAUUCUAAACCUGGCCGUUAGUGAUCUUCUGGUGGGCAUGUUUUGCAUGCCAACCACGCUGGUGGACAACAUAAUAACAGGUUGGCCUUUCGGAAGUUUAGUGUGUAAACUGAGUGGGAUGGUUCAAGGCAUAUCAGUGUCAGCUUCUGUCUUCACUCUGGUGGCGAUAGCUGUCGACAGGUUCCGCUGCAUUGUCUACCCCUUCCAGCAGAAGCUGACCAUCUCCACCUCAACCCUAAUCAUCGUCAUUAUUUGGGUGCUGGCUAUCUCCAUUAUGUGUCCCUCAGGGGUCAUGCUCCAGGUGACCAAGGAGCAACGGGUCCUCAUCCUGCUUGGAGACAGCUACAACGAGACCCGCCCCUUCUUCUGGUGCCGUGAGAACUGGCCCAAUCAGGAGAUGAGGAAGAUAUACACCACCGUCUUAUUUGCUAACAUCUACCUGGCUCCGCUGUCACUAAUUGUCAUCAUGUAUGCCCGCAUCGGAUUCACCCUCUUCAAGACCGCCGUGCCCACCUCAGGCGGGGGCAGCGGCAGCAGGGACGGGACGAAGCCCGGCCCGGACAACCAUCGCCACGCGGUGUCGAAGAAGAAGAAGCGGGUGAUCAAGAUGCUGCUGGUGGUGGCGUUGCUCUUCAUCCUGUCAUGGCUGCCACUGUGGACGCUGAUGAUGCUGAGCGACUACGCCAGCCUGACAGCCAGGCAGCACCGCGUCGUCAACAUCUACGUUUACCCGAUGGCUCACUGGCUGGCCUUCUUCAACUCCUCCGUCAACCCCAUCAUUUACGGCUUCUUCAACGAGAACUUCCGGCGGGGCUUCCAGGCCGCGUUCAAGUUCCAGCUGUGCUCCUCUGACACGGAGCACCGGAAGACCUACUCGCACCGUAUCCAAGGCAACGCCAUUUUACCAGCAAACCUGCACUUACCCACUGGGCCUAGUUCACUGGGGUCGGGCUUGGCUGUGGUGAAUGGGAAGGGCACGGUUCGGGGGGAGGACGUUGGGCGGACAUCGGAUGGGCAGACGUCGGGGAGCAACGUGAACGAGCAGGAUCUGGUCAUGGAGGACCUGGAGAAGGUAAUAUAUGACCUAUGAAACACACAGAAUGUCUCAAAAGAAGGUGCACUCAACCUUAUUUCAGCCGUGCAGCAGCCAGUGGACACCAAGCAAAUGAAAUUGGGUCAAUGAAAGUUCCAAGAGCAUGCAUUAGGUUGCGCAACCUUUUUUUUACCAUGCAAAUACUGUACUACAAGAGCAUGGACUUCUAAGCCAGAGAAUAUAUUGCACACUCAGUUUUACAGAAAUAGUUGUACAUUUUAAGUUAAUUCUGAAAACAGUUUAUUUUUUUCAUCAAUGGGUGCACAAAUGUUGCGUUGUUUGUGUGUGUUUUCUGCCAUUGCUUGCAGUGCCUGAAUGGGGAGAGAACAACACUGUGUCUGGGUGUAUCAAGGUGACACCGUUAUUAGUUGUUUACAUAACCUAUUCGCAGAGGUGUUAAAUGUAAAAAGUAGGUGUACUUCCUCGAAAAAUACUUUGCUGUGUUCACCAGGUGGGGGAAGUUUAGAUUUAAGGCCUAAAUAAAAUGCCUUCACAUGGUCAUUUUGAUCUUAAUUAGGAUUUUCCUUCGCCUGGUAAACACAGCAAAAUACUUCUAAGUUGUACUUUUGCACCUGUGCCUAUAUGAUAUGUUACCUUCUGCCGGUGAACACUGGUCCCUGGGUGACAUUAACAUGCCUGGCGGUCGGAGGGGCUUCCCACUGGUCACCUGUAUCCUGGUGGCUCCGCCAGAACCUAACGUGCCAAAAGUUAACCUACCAAUGUAUCAGGGCAGCCUGAUAGCCCAAGGCUACAACUAACCAUACAUUACGUCUACAACCUUGGUCAUUCAUGCUGGCUAAUCAGUCAACGGUUGGCAUGUUGUGUAGCAGUUACCCAUACUUGGUUUUUCUCGGUUUUGAUAAAUUCCCUGAGGGCUCCCGACUGGUGACUGGGAACAUUUUAGGGUAGCGUCUCACACUUGAAGAGGACAUCUCAUUGGUUGUCACAGAUGAUAUGCGUGGGUUCAGCCAUGGCUGGUGGACAACAGUUGAAGAACAGGGGAUUCUUGCAGUGCUUCACUCCACACCUCCCUGUUGGGAGGUGGGUGUGGGAGGCUGGAUGGAUGCCUGGGUUACUGGCUGUACUCCAGAUAUCUCAGAGAUGUGAGGGAGAGUGAGGCUGGAACCUUGAUGGAUGAGGACCUAGAUGGUGACCGUUCAGAAGCUACCACAGACAACCUUUCCUCCAGUCAGUGGGGAUGUGUUCUGGAUGGUGUGUAUGGGGGGAACUCAGAGCCAAGGCUGAGGUGAUAUGACUAAUCUAUUUCCUUGGGACUGUGACUGGAUGAGAACAUGACCUGCACACUUAGACGGGUCUGGGAGUAAAAGGGAUGGAAUCGACCAAUGAUUGACCAAUGUACUUGUUGGAUGCAGUGAAGAAUAUUCAGAUUUUGGUGUUUGUUUUUUUGUUUUUAAAUAGCGGUGUUUGAAUAGUUACUUUUAACGAUGAGUGAACCAGGUUUUAUGUGCCAAAAUGUAGUUACCUCUUCUGAAAGUCAGGAAUAAUUGUUACUCUGACUGUAAUCUAUCGUUGUUCUAAUACAAAGACAAUACAACUUAACAACAUCAUUUAAAGGUAAUCUUCACACUGCGUGUUGAAUUAUGUAUGCAUGCUUUACUCUGUUGGGAAAUGUUUGUCCUGCUGCAAAAUCGGUGAUAGUAUUUUGCUAUAUUUUCCCCUUCAUGGAAUUUAGUUCCCAAGCAGUUAUGACAGCUGACUCACUGACAUUGUUGGGAAGUAGAUGGAUUUGCUUAGGACCUCAUUAUUGUAUAAAUAUAAUAUGUAUCAUGGCCCUCAGAGUCAUGAAAUGUAUGAUCGGUUGGGUGUCGCUGUCAUGAAACAAAGGGGGCCACAAUUUGUCGUGAAGUGAUGCAUAGUAGCUGGUAUUGUGAUUGUCUGAUCUAAGAAAUGUGCUUCAUGAAGUAAUACCUCAGCUUGUCAUUGACGAUGAGUUCACCCCCCACAGUCUGGGAUGGUACUAUUUAUAGACAGGCAGGAUCGCAUGCACACACACUGUGGCUAAACCUAAUAAAUAAUGGGUUCUUUUAUUUCUAGAAAAAAUGUCAAAUGCUGUGCUAUAUUGUUUUGUUGUGUUGAUGUGUGUCUGGCUUUAAUGCAAACGAUGUGAGCGCUGGGUGAGCUUGUCAUUGCUGAUAAAGUGGAACAGGCUGGUUUAGAAAUCUAAUCCGCACAUUUUGUCACACUUGCAUAACACAACAUAUUUAGACGUUCCCAGUAAAAUGCUUACAAUAAACACCUCAGAAAUCAACUUGGAAAAUUAGUUCCUGAGUCAGUGAGUUUGUGAAUGUGUGUACACUUUGAGUUGCACUUAAGCAACUCUUUUUACAUAUUCUCAAUUGAAUUGAGGUCUGCUCUUUGACUGGGCCACCCCUGGACUUUGACACGUUUUUUUAAGCCACUACAUUGUGGCUUUGGUUGUAUAAUUCGGGUCUUUGUCCUGCAGGAAGAUGAAAGAUGAACCUUCAAGUCCCAAGUUUCCUGCAGACUUCAUCAUGUUUUCUUACAGAUUGCCUCCAUUUUACCCAGCAUCUAUAGACUACUCUGCUCCAUGGAUAAAGGUGUCUGUAAAUGCUUGAUAGAUUAUUUACAGACAAUCAGUAACAUUUUAUCUAACCAUCUACAAACCCUUAUCCUAACCUUAAACUUUAUACUAACCCUAACCUUAACCCUUCCCCUAAAACUUCUAAACCUAACCCUAACUUUACCAAGAAGUUGCUUAUCAACCGAUAGUUUGUUGAUUUUUUUUUUUUAACUAUAAAACAUCUACAUAUGGAAAUUGGGACUCUCAAAAUGAAGUUUAACUGAACCGUAUUCUGGAUUUGCUUUUGUCACGGUUAGGUGAGCAGCAGCGCCACCGUUACGUGCACCUUCAGUUCCCAUAUUACACGAACACUUCCCGGUCUGUCACAUGUUUCCAGUCUUCCACACCAGGUCCCAAUUGAGCUAAUUUGUAUGUGUUUAAAUGUUUCCCCUCUGCUCCCCACAUUGUGGAUAUUGUUGCUGUUAUGUUUGUUCGGUUAGCGGUGAGUGGUGCUUGUUUGUACUGUUGAAGUUUGCUAGUUAAGACGCGUUGUCGCGCACCUUUCUUUUCAUCAGUAUAUUAGUUAUCGUUGUCCGUUCGUGUUCGGUUUUGUUUGUUUUUGAUUAAACUCCACGAACGAGA